UUUUAUUUCCCCUCUAGGUGUACCAGACAUAACCGACCGGUUUAAGUUAAAAGCAUUAUAUCUCAAUUUAUUCCGGUUUAAGUUAAAAGCAUAUAUCUCAAUUUAUCCCGGUUUGAUUCGGUUUAACUCAAUAUAAAAUAAAUUGUCGUCGUCUUCGUCUUCACUUCCCUCGCCCUUCAGCAGCGCCGAUUCUGCCUACACUGUAGAGCUUCACUUCUUCUCCCAUGGCGGCUUCUACUAUGAUAGUGCCAAUGGCACAUGGAAGGAAAGUUGAGAAUCUGAGAGCCUUUAUGGUGAAUCUAGCGAAUUCGAGAGGGUUGUUGCUUCCUGAGAGUAGACUCUUCGAACAGAGAUUCUUGGACCUCUGUUUAUCACCUACUCCUGAUCAUCCCACUUAUUCUGCCAUGAUUUUUACUGCUAUCACGGAGUUGAAUGAAGAAGGCGGCUCUUGCCAAGAAGCGAUAUCAGAGUUUAUCAAGUCUAAGUAUGAGAGCUUGCCGUUUGCUCACACGAGUUUGCUUACUCAUCAUCUGGCUAAGCUUGUGGAGAAAAGAGAGAUACUCUGUGACUGCAACAACUACUGUUACACUCUUCCGGGAGAGAGGAAGACUGGUUCUUCUUCUUCCACUGAUGCUGAGAGAAAGGACGUUGAGGUAAGGAAUGAUCAGUGUGCGGCGAAUGAGGUGUUGAACGUCCAAAAUGUGGAAAAGAGUGUUGAGAUUUUGGAGUGUGGGAAUCAUAAGGUUGAUUUGUUGGAAGAACGGGGUCUGACUGAAUCCAGAGCCAGCCUCAAACGUAAGGCAUGUGGUGACAUUAGCGUCGCUGAAGUAAGUGAGGCUGGAGGCAAAGCAUGUUUGAGUGUGUCGACCGUUAAAACUCGUAGUAAAGAGGGAGUUGCUAUAGAAGUAGAACCAGAAGGUGCUCUUGUAAAUGGUGGGAGUGAAGGUAGGUUUGAAGCAAACAGUGAAGGACAUGAGGUAGUUGUUCUAGAUGAACAAAAUGAUGCGCUGAUGGAAGAGUCAUGUAAAGGAGAAGAAAACCAAAGUGAAACAAACUCGAAACAAGGAAAAGCGAAAGUGCACAGAACAUCAUCUAACACGACUAAGGAAGCAUGUGUGGAAGUGAAGAGUGUAACAUAUAAAACACUUUGGGAAUGUCAAACCGAAGCAUGCAGCAAUAUAAUUGCUCUAGAGAAAAUGCUGAAGCAGUGCAGAGAGAAAGACCAGCAGAAGGAAGCUGUCACAGAGAUUGGUGAUGUUUCUCGUUUGCCUCUGUCGAUGGAAAGCUGCAAAGAACUGAGGAAGCUUGCCCAAAAGAUAGAAAGCCAGCUCUCCGAGAUCAUCGGUUCCAUUGAUGAAGCCGUGUUUCCAUGUUAUGAAUCUCGAGGAUGUGAAAGGGAAGGUACAAGCAAAGAAGUCUUUCAGGAGACUCCCAUGAAGACCUCCAAACAGCAUGAACAUAAGGAAAGAGAGAUUGGUUCGCAUAAGAAACCAGGGGCGAAGAAGGGGAGAGUCAAAAGACUUCAAGACAUAGGAAAAGUAGUGCUGAGGAAAUCGCCUCGAAUUCAAAAGCUAAUAUAAAAGAUGCUGAACCUGAAAAUUUGUUUUGGAGAGCAAGAGCUGUGUUAUAAAGGUUAGGUUACUAUCUC